AUGCCACCAAAUACAUUUGAUUUCGUAGACACACAGCUUCCAAAAAACCCUCAAGGCACAGACCCUCUUCGUUGGCGACUCAAAGUGGAACAUGGCCGACAAACGUGGCAUUACCUUGAAAACGACGAAGAACUGAGGAAAUGGCCUCAGUCUAUAUGCGAUAAGUAUUGGCUUGGGAUUCCCUUUCCAAACAAACAACUCGAUACUCCCAAAACCGCCCUCGAAGCAGCACGCAAUGGCUUCGAGUUUUUCAAGUUACUACAAACCGAGGACGGGCACUGGGCUGGUGAAUACGGCGGUCCAAUGUUUCUGUUACCUGGAAUAAUUAUCGCAAUGUAUAUCACGCACACACCAAUUCCAAAGAGCUGGUCCACUGAAAUUACGCGUUAUUUGUUUAAUCGAGCGCAUAAAGACGACGGUGGCUGGGGCAUACACAUAGAAGGUCCUUCAACUGUUUUCGGAACUGCGUUGAACUAUGUCGCACUUCGUAUUUUGGGUGUGGACGCGGAUCACCCAGUAAUGGUGAAAAGUAGAGCUACGCUUCAUAAAUUAGGAGGUGCAAUUGGAUCUCCUUCAUGGGGGAAAUUCUGGCUGGCCGUGUUGAAUGUCUACGACUGGGAAGGCUUGAAUCCGAUAAUCCCAGAAUUUUGGCUAUUACCAUAUUCUAUACCUUUUCACCCAGGUCGAUUCUGGUGCCACACACGUAUGGUGUAUCUUCCAAUGAGCUACAUCUACGGCAAACGAGUAGGCGCCGACUUAUGUCCGUUCAUCAAACAACUACGUCAAGAAUUAUACGUGCAACCGUAUGAAUCAAUUAAUUGGGCAUAUGCACGAAACGACGUGUGUGAAGUUGAUUUGUAUGUGCCGCAUCCUGGGUUGCUCGGUUUUCUUAACGGAAUACUAAGUCUCUAUGAAAAAAUUCCAAAUGUUGUUGAUUUGCGGAAGCAUGCACUUAAUGAAGUAUAUAAACAAGUGAAAGCUGAAGAUGAGAAUACGUUUUACCUUGAUCUAGGUCCUGUCAACAAAGCGAUGAAUUUGGUGGUUGCGUAUCUCGAAGAAGGACCCGAUUCCGAGGCGUUUAAAUUAGCUCAGUCAAAAAUCAUUGAUUUUAUGUGGAUGAGUGCUGAAGGGAUGAUGAUGAACGGGACUAAUGGAAGUCAAUUAUGGGAUACCGCGUUUACUGUUCAAGCUGUUAUAGAAUCAGGUCUUGCCGACGAACCAUCGAAUCACGAGUCAAUGUUGAGAGCACUUGAAUUUCUGGAUGAUUGUCAAAUCAAGCGGAAUGUUCCAGAGACAGACAUGUGUUACAGGCAUAUAUCGAAAGGUGCUUGGCCUUUUAGUACACGAGAUCAAGGGUACACGGUUUCAGACUCUACUGCUGAAGGACUCAAAGCUGUGCUUCUUUUACAGAAAUUACAAUAUACACCCAAGCCUGUCUCUGAAGAACGUCUUCGUCAAGCUGUAGACGUGCUUCUAUCAUUGCAAAACAGUGAUGGCGGAUUUGCGAGUUAUGAAUUGAUACGUGGGCCGUGGUGGCUUGAAUGGAUUAAUCCUGCAGAAGUAUUUGAUAAUAUCAUGAUCGAGUAUAGUUAUCCUGAAUGUACAACAUCUGUGUUGACUGGACUGUGUACGUUCCGUGAAUAUUAUCCUGAUUAUCGUGAGGUUUGCAACAAGGCCGCAAAAUACAUUCACAAGAGUCAAAAAGAAGACGGUGGAUGGUAUGGUAGCUGGGCUAUCUGUUUCACGUAUGCUGCGUUGUUUGCCACGACAUCAAGAAAAGGAUGCGAAUUCCUGAUUUCGAGACAACGCGAAGAUGGAGGCUGGGGUGAAUCUUACAAAUCGUGUGAGUUAGGCGAAUAUGUGCAACACGCCGAAUCGCAAGUAGUCAACACAUCAUGGGCAGUACUCGCGUUAAUGUCAGCUCGGUAUCCUGAUGAGAGAGCUAUUCGAAAAGGAAUUGAGUUUAUAAUGUCACGCCAACAGCUGAACGGUGAAUGGAAACAAGAAGGCAUCGAGGGUGUGUUUAACAAAAACUGUAUGAUCAGUUACCCGAAUUAUAAGUUUACUUUCACUAUAUGGGCGUUGGGACGAUACGCGAAAAUAUACAAGAAUCCUGUGCUGUUCUAG